ACGAUCGACUAAAUCAAUUUGAAACUGUGAAUCAGUACACACAGCAGGACAGGAGUUAAAUUGAAAGCAGUCAGUGGAGGCUAUCACGGAUCGAUAAUGAUCGACGACACCAAAUCCAUACGAGUUCUGUGCCCUAAGCUUCUGCUCACCAAUUCGGGCCUCCAAUGGCUUAUCGGAUCCCCUUUUUGCCCGUCACUCACUAUCGUCUCCACCGUCACUUGCAUCCACCACAACUCUUCUUCUCCUGAUUACGACAAAGAGUCCGAUGAUCUCCGUACGUUGCUCCCGAAAGGUUUUCACAUAAUCGGAGCAUUAAUCAUAAAAAACUCUGACGUUGAGAAGAACGCAAGCGAGGCUGUUGAUGCAGCUCGCAAAUUGCAAAGAAAUUUAUCUGGUGAAGCAGAAGCAGGAUUAGAUGUUCCCGUAAUGAUUGCGGUAGUUGCGGAUUUGGAGACUGGUGAUAAUAAAUUUUUUGUUUCAAGAUCAGAAAAUUCUACUAACAUUGAAACGGUUGAGUAUGUUAUAUAUGAUGACAAUCCCCAUGAGUAUGUUUGGGAGAGAGGUUGUUUAAUUCUGUGCGAGCUUCCGCUUAAGUUGCCAUUUUAUUAUCCAGUUAACAAUCCGUCUGAUGCGCAGAAAAUUUAUUUGCAUGCAAUUGAAGCAGUCAUUGAUAAGUUCAAAGAUCCACAGAUUGUUUAUUUGGUAGAGGCAUUAGGCCAAGCCUCUUCAGAAUUACCUCAACCUGUCAUUCUUCGUGGUAAAGAUUUGGAUUUUGGCACAAAUCUUUCCAAAAUGAAGCUUGUGGGUGAAGCUGCUGAAGAUUUGGACAGAAAAGACUUAUCAUGUGCACACUUUUGUUUAAAAAGUAAAUCAGCCCCCACAAUCUUUUCUGCGGAGAGUGCAGAUAUUAUUCAAGUAAGUGUUCUGCAUAAUAGAUCAGAAAAGUCUCCAAUAUCCACUGCACCCAUUGCUGAAUUUUAUCCUGCUUCAGAAGAUGCCAGACUUUUGGUUGUGGAUUUUAAGCUAGAAGUGCUUUGUUAUGCAGCCAAGAGUCUUCCGCUGAUGGAUGCCAUUUCUAUGUUAGUUUUCCCUGGUUUAGUCGAUCAACUAAAUUCAAUGACGAAGGCAGUCAUGCCCUGCCUCUUAACUCAACAUCCUCAGCUUCGUCCAUUCCACUUUAGUCUUCCUGGAUUAUUGCAUCCGAUCACUGUUGUCUAUGAACUUAAUUAUGGAGAGACAGAAAUGAAGCAAGUUGAUGUAAGAAAAUCCCUACACUUAAGGCUGGGAUUGCCUUUUGAUCGUCCUCUCAUGAGAAUUGCUAAUGCCCUGGAUUUGUCUAAUACUAAGGAUGGUUCAAGGAGCAAUUCAUUAAGAAAGGGUUCUUCCUUGCUUAAAGAUGUACAUAUUGGAAUCCCGAGUAGUGGAGUCUCAGGGGGCCUUGUCUCUCUGGUUCAAGGUUCUUAUGAGUACUACCAUUAUCUUCAAGAUGGCUUUGAUGACUCGGGCUGGGGUUGUGCUUACCGAUCUCUACAGACUAUCAUUUCGUGGUUCAAGCUCCAACAUUACACAUCCAUAGAUGUUCCUUCACAUAGGGAAAUACAGCAGUCACUUGUAGAGAUUGGCGAUAAGGAUCCUUCUUUUAUAGGUUCACGUGAAUGGAUUGGUGCCAUUGAAUUGAGCUUUGUUUUAGACAAACUUCUGGGUGUUAGUUGUAAAAUCAUAAACGUGAGGUCUGGAGCUGAGCUUCCUGAAAAAUGUCGAGAGCUGGCCUUGCACUUUGAGACUCAAGGAACACCGAUUAUGAUUGGUGGUGGUGUUCUUGCAUAUACUCUAUUGGGAAUUGAUUUCAAUGAAGCAAGUGGAGGUUGUGCAUUUCUCAUACUUGAUCCACACUAUACAGGGAACGACGAGCACAAGAAAAUUGUAAAUGGAGGAUGGUGUGGGUGGAAGAAAGCAGUUGAUAGCAAGGGAAAGAAUUUCUUCUUACAUGAUAAAUUCUAUAAUCUUCUGCUUCCACAGAGGCCCAAUAUGGUAUAGUUAGAUUCUUAGGUUAGAAUUGCUUCAAGUUGAAAGGUUAUUUUUUUGAGUUGGUUUCAUGUAUUGUAGAGUGUAGACAUUUAUCUUCUUUCAAAUAUCGGGGGAAUCAAAUUUCAGCUUACGUCCAUAUUGCUUGUUCAGUUUCUUGACAUUUGCUACGGCUCUCUGAUAAAGAACCCAUUUGAAGGGAUUUGUUGAACUUGCUAAAUAUUAUUACCAUAAGUUUUCAAUCAACUUACAUUAAGUUUCAA